AGUGCAUUUUUUUCUCCUCUCAACCUUUUUUUCUCAGCCGCUUGUGUUAGGGAUUCAGGGUGAUAUUUAUGAGACAGGCAGAUUAUUCCCGUCCAUCUGACCAGAGAAACACGCAUGAAGAGCUCAUGGCAACAUUUAACUGCAGCAAACUUGCUUCCAAGAUGGGACGAGGAACUCCAUCCUAUCAACUUUUUAAACUUGGAUGAUACACUUUCCUAACUGAAAAAAAUAUAUUUUAAUAAUAUUAUGACAGAUGAGUAAAUCGAUUAGGAUGACUGAACGCUUAACAUUUCAUUCAGAGCAGUGCUCUGUCAGCUCCAGUGCUUAAGCUACACAUACUACAUUCAAAUCAUUGACAUGCCCAAAUGCCAUCAUGCCCAUCAUCAGCAAUGCCAACCAUGACUUCAGCAAUCUCUCAGUCAGCACAGACGACAGCAGUCUCGACCUGUUUUUCACGGAAAUUCCAGAGACAGAAACCAUCAAAGGUGUGUACUUUCAACGGGUCCAGCGACUACACGGCAUCUCCACCCUCAGAGAGGUCGACCACAGUAAACUAGCCCUCAUCAACGUCGGAGGGGAUCGCUACACAUUCCCCUGGAGCACACUGGAGGAAUUCCCACUCUCUCGUUUGGGACAGCUGCGUCAUUGCAGCAGUCCGGAUGAUAUCGCCCAGCUGUGUGACGACUACGAUGAGGCCCGGCGAGAGUAUUUUUUCGACCGCAGCUCAGUGGCCUUCCGGGUUAUCUUAAACUUCCUGGCUGCUGGGAAACUGAGGCUGCUGCGGCAGUUGUGUGCCGUGUCUCUGUCUGAUGAACUCGCCUAUUGGGGCAUCGACCCCGUUCACAUGGAGCGCUGCUGCCGACGCAAGAUGUUGUCCCGUGUGGAGGAAGUGGGAGAGAAGAAAAAGAGGGAGGAAGAGAGGAGACAGAGGAGGCUAGCUCUUCAAAGGCCUAUAGCACAAGAGAAGGGCUACAUCGGGCUCAUGAGGCGGCUGCAGGAAAUAGUGGAAAACCCUCAUUCUGGCUGGCCUGGGAAGAUUUUUGCAUGCUUCUCAGUUGUCAUGAUUGCCGUGACAGUUAUCAGCUUGUGUAUCAGCACCAUUCCUGAUCACGAUAACAGGGGUGAAUGCUCGGAAAAGUGUCGCAACAUAUUCAUUGUGGAAACAGUGUGCGUGGCCUGGUUCUCCAUGGAGUUCCUGUUGCGUUUCCUGCAGGCUCAAAGCAAACUGCAGUUUGUUCGAAAUCCACUUAAUAUCAUAGAUGUCAUAGCCAUCCUACCAUACUACAUUUCUCUGGUUGUCGAUAGCGAAGAUGAAUCUGAUGAAGCCGUGCUUCACGGCAGUGCCGGGACAAGUCGCGGAUAUUUAGAUAAGCUGGGUUUAAUUCUGCGGGUCAUGCGGGCCCUUCGGAUCCUGUACGUGAUGCGACUGGCGCGACACUCGCUGGGCCUUCAGACACUGGGUCUUACGAUGCAGCGAAGCAUGCGAGAGUUUGGACUCCUGCUACUCUUCCUCUGCGUGGCUGUGGCUCUAUUCUCGCCUCUCGUCCACUUGGCGGAGAAAGAGUUCACGAAGGGCAAGGUCACUGGCCCCCACAGCUUUAGCAGCAUUCCUUCUUCCUAUUGGUGGGCUAUCAUAUCAAUGACGACAGUUGGCUACGGUGAUAUGGUACCGCACAGUAUACCUGGCCAGGUUGUGGCCUUUAGCAGCAUUCUGAGUGGUAUUCUCAUAAUGGCUUUUCCAGCUACAUCUAUCUUCCACGUGUUUUCUCGUUCGUAUCACGAGCUGAAGCGUGAACAUGAAAUGAUUUGUAAAGAAGAGCGAGUGGCCACCCUGGAUGCCAGUGCAAAAGAAGACGCCCAGAGAUGGUUGGAGAAACACUCUUUUACUUUGGCCAACAGUAAAGGUCUAUGCAUGGGCAAUGGCACAAUUGCAGGUCCGCCAACCCUCACAGCUACUGCAUGCUGCAAUGACAUCUGAUCCAUCGUUACAUAUCGCUGCAGACAUUUUCUUCAUGUGAUUUUAAAUCUGUUGGAAUGUUAUUUCUGAAAUACAUCAAUAAAAGAAGUAUCUGUAUCAUUAAAAUUUAA